AUGGCUCACCAAUUCCACCAUCCCUACACUCCCUAUGACAUCCAGCUGGAGUUUAUGAGCGCCCUCUACGACUGUAUCGAAGCAGGCAAAGUAGGAAUCUUUGAGUCUCCCACAGGAACUGGUAAAUCCUUAAGCUUGAUAUGCGGUGCCUUGACGUGGCUGCGCGAUCACAAGCGCAAAGAAUUUCUGAAGUCGAUAGAUGGCUUGUCUGCCGAUGACGACGAGCCGGAUUGGAUGCUAGAGUACUCCAAGAAGGAAAGAACACAGGCUCUGACACAGAAAUGGCGAGAACUGGAAGAGCGACUUGCCAGGAUUAGAAAAGAGGAAGAAAGGAGAAAGAAACUGGCACAAAAUCCUCAUCGGCCAAGCAAAAAGCAGAAAACUGAUAUUGUCGCUUCAAACGAUGAAGAUGAUAGCUUCUUCGAGCUGGAUGAAUACGAAAGCGACACGGAAACGGGAAAAAGUGUAAGAAUUCCUGGAUUCAGCGAUAUAGAAGGCUUAUCUGCCAGUACGGUCGCGUUGCUUGAUCGCUUCAAAGGCCGAGUUACCGGCUCAAAGGAGAGUGAGAAUGACAACGAAAACCAAACGAGGAUAUACUACUGCUCGCGCACUCAUUCACAGUUGUCUCAGUUUGCCCAAGAGCUUCGACGCGUUACUCUUCCAUCCAGUCUUCCACCGCUGCAGGAGAAUGCAGAUGCAGAGCAAAAAGAGCAUGCUGAGCUGGAAGAGGUCAUUAAACAUUUGACUUUAGGGUCUCGCAAACAACUCUGCAUUAAUCCUCGAGUUUUGAAUCUUGGAAAUGCUACGGCAAUCAAUGAGCGCUGCAUGGAACUGCAGCAAUCUGGGGUUGCAGCAGAUAAAAAAUGUUCGUACCUACCGAGAAAAGAGUUUGAGGACGUGCAGCUGGAUUUUCGUGAUCGAGUCCUAUCUACAGUUCAAGAUAUUGAAGAUAUCACUCAAGUUGGAAAGCAACUUUCCAUCUGUCCUUACUACGCGGCAAGAAAGGUUAUUGAUCAAUGCGAGAUUAUCACGCUUCCAUAUCCUCUGCUACUCCAACGAUCCUCCAGAGAGGCCCUGGAUUUAUCGCUUCGAGACCAUGUCGUCAUUAUCGACGAAGCACACAAUCUAAUGGAUGCCAUCUCAAAUAUACAUUCUGUUUCUGUCACACUAGAUCAGCUCCGAACGUCUCUGUUCCAGCUCACAACAUACGCACGGAAAUUUCAGACGCGGCUCAAGGGCAAGAAUCGUGUCUAUGUCACUCAAGUGAUUAGACUUGUCAGUGCGCUUGCAGAAAACCUUCAGUCUCUCUCUCAGAAGCACAAGUCGUCAGAAGCGGUCGUUCAAUACUCGGAUCUCGUCUCGGGAAAAGGAGUAGAUCAGAUCAAUCCUUAUAAACUGACGCGAUAUCUGCAGGAGAGCAAACUCGCAAGGAAAGUUGAUGGCUAUGUUGAGCAUGCUAACAACAAAAAUGAUAAAAUAGCCAGUGGCAAGGAGACGCGUGAUAAAACUACAGUGCCGGUGCUUUUCCAAGUACAGAGCUUCAUCUUGACAUUGAUGAAUCCUUCUGACGAAGGCCAACUAUUCCUUAACAAAACAGAUGGUGGUGUAAUUUUGAGAUAUAUGCUAUUAGAUCCCACGAAUCAUUUCAGAGAUAUCGUCGACGAAGCGCGUGCAGUGAUUCUAGCCGGAGGGACCAUGUCACCGAUGUCGGACUAUGCCGACCACCUAUUCUCAUACCUGUCGUCGGCAAAGUUGGAUACUUUUAGCUUCGGACAUGUAAUUCCCCCGAAGAAUCUGACAGCACGUAUACUAGCCAAGGGGGUGCUUGGAAAUGAUUUCAACUUCAUUUUCGACCAGCGAACUUCGGAUUCAAUGAUUACAGAUCUGGGACAAACCAUAGCGAACCUCUGUGCGGUAAUCCCAGACGGAGUUGUAGCUUUCUUCCCCAGCUAUGACUAUUUGAACCAGGUUCUGAAUACCUGGCGAAAACCAUCCAAGACCGGAGGUUCAAUAUUUGCAGAGAUUGAGAAACGCAAACCAAUAGUUUAUGAGAGCAACAAUCAGAAAAAAGAAAGCAACACGGACGAUGUCCUGUUGGAAUACUCUAAGAAAGUCGAAUCCGGCUCCGGAGCACUUCUACUUUCUGUUGUUGGAGGUCGACUAUCAGAAGGGAUCAAUUUCUCCGACAAACUAGGCAGAGGUGUCUUGAUAGUUGGACUGCCAUUUCCAAACAUACAUUCCGCAGUCUGGAAAGCGAAAAUCGGCCACAUCGAGAAACAGACAUUUGCGAAACUGACUCAAAACGAGAGUGAAUUGCCCGUUUCUAAACGACGAGAAGCAGAGAUAACCGCCAAAGCAGCUGGCAGAGAUUUCUUUGAGAACUCGUGUAUGAGAGCAGUGAAUCAAUGUAUUGGAAGAGCAAUUCGGCAUAGGAAUGAUUAUGCGGCUAUUGUCUUGAUUGAUCGGAGAUACGAGACGCAGCGGAUUCAGGAGAAAUUACCAGCAUGGAUUCGACAGAGUUUGGUGUCUUCUACUUCUAAUAUCCGGGAAGGCCUUAGAUCUUUUUUCAAGAGUCAUCAGUAG